AUGGACGAUUUAGAUCUAUUGGAUGAACUUGGAAAAGGUGCAUAUGGAACAGUUCGAAAAGUACGCCAUACAAAAACUCGAGUUGAAAUGGCAAUGAAAGAGAUUCGACUUGAAUUGGACGACAGCAAAUUAAACGGAAUCAUAAUGGAACUCGAUAUUUUGCACAGGGCAUCCGCACCUGAAAUUGUGGAAUUUUACGGAGCUUUCUUUUACGAAAGUUGUGUGUAUUAUUGUAUGGAAUUUAUGGACGCAGGAAGUUUGGAAGAUUUGUACGAUGGACAAUGCAGCGUUCCAGAAGAUGUUUUGGCAAGAAUUGUUGGAUGCACAGUACGUGGAUUACGCUUCCUCAAGGAUAAUCUGCAGAUCAUGCAUCGAGAUGUAAAGCCGACCAAUAUCGUUCUCAAUCGCAAAGGCGAAGUAAAGUUAUGUGACUUCGGUGUAUCUGGGCAGUUGGAAAAGAGUCUAGCAAAGACAAAUAUUGGUUGUCAGAGUUACAUGGCACCUGAACGAAUCAAAGGAGAAUCGCAAAAUUUGCUAGGAACAUAUACUGUUGCUUCGGAUGUUUGGUCUUUGGGUUUGAGUAUUGUUGAAACAACGAUGGGAACGUAUCCUUACCCUCCCGAAACGUAUUCAAACGUCUUUGCACAAUUACAAGCAAUCGUUCAUGGAGAUCCUCCUCAAAUACCCGGAGAUUAUUAUUCUUCCACCGCUCGUGAUUUCGUGGCAGGCUGUUUGGAAAAAGUACCGGCAAAAAGAAGUACGUACAAACAAAUGCUAGAACAUCCUUGGUUACUGCAGGACAAAGAACGUGGUCCGGAUGGAGUCGAUAUGCAAGGCUGGAUCAAAGUUGCAAUCGAACGUCGAGAAGUGAGAAGGGAAAAGGAGAGAAGUCAAGUGAAGAUCGAGGGAAAAUAA